ACACCAAAUCCCAAUGCUGAAAUAUUGUCUUCUCGUGCUUUUCCUUGGUUUUCCAAGUGCUACAGCCGACUAUUACGAUGUGUUAUUGGAAACUUCCAUGGAAAAUUCGACAUGCGGAGAAGAAUCUCAUAAAAUUUUCAUGUGUCUACUUCCGCAUUAUAGGUACAUAGAGUCCGUGUUCCCAGUCCUGGAAUAUAAAUCUCUCUCUGAUUAUAAAUUGGUGAGCCUUCAACUUGCACAUCUUCAAUUUGUCGUGGACUGUUUGAAAUUAGAAACCACCGAAUACACGUGUGAACUACCACAAGUCACCAUUUCCCUGAUGAAACGUUCCCUAUCGGUGGGAAUGAAGAUUGAUGGAGACGCGUUCAUGUGCUUCCGAGAUGCCGACAUUGCCAAAGCCUCUGAACACUGCGAAAAGUCAGCCCGAGUCUUUGAGGAAAAAGUCGAAGUUUUGCCAAAAGACAAGUCGGAUUCGGUAAAGGAAAUCAAUCCAAUGGUGGACUGUAUUGCCAAAAAACUUAAGGACACUCCAUCAUGCACUAGAAGUCAAAUUGAGGUUCUGUAUUUGGUUGCAGGUGCAACUAGUGAUCACGUUUAUACGGAAAGUUUGACUGAAAAGGAAGUCCCAGUUAGUUCGACAGAAAAAGCAGUUCCAGGUUUGGUAGAAAGGGCAAAUCCAACCAAGUGGAGUGAGAUGAAACAUCAGUGAUAUUAAAUAUAGUUUGUGAUAAAUGCAUUUAUG